GUUACCUACAACAGCUGUAACUACCUAUCGCCCCCAGUCCAACAACACCAUGGCCAUGACUACACUGUAUGUCCUGCUGGGGAUUGUCGUUCUGGGGACGGAAGGCAUUUUGUUUGAGAAAGCAUCAGUUUGUUACGAUGACUUAGGGUGUUUCUCCCUGGACAAUGGCUUUGACAACUCGUUUGGAGAACUUCCGGAUUCGCCUGAUGACGUGAACGCUACUCUGACCUUGUUCACAAGAAAAAGUAAAGGUCAAGGCCAGAUAUUAGACUACAAAAACGAGGACACUAUCGUAAACAGUUUAUUGGACGUUAAAGAGAAAACAAAGAUAGUUGUCCAUGGAUAUCUCAGUGAGGCAGAUGCUCCUUGGGUGACCAACACCACAAAGUACCUUCUUCUAAUUGACAACUUCAAUGUCAUCACAGUGGACUGGAGAUCAGGUGCUCAUAAAUUCUACCCCAAAUCAGUGGCGAACACCCGACUUGUGGGCGCCAUAAUUGCAAAGACAGUCGAAAUUGCGCGCGACCGGAUGGGAGCCAAGAUGGCGGACGUGCAUCUGAUUGGCCACAGCCUGGGGUCUCACAUCAGCGGCUACGUCGGGUCACGUAUCGAAGGCGUUGGAAGAAUUUCAGGACUGGAUCCUGCUGGACCGCUAUUUGAAGGAACUGAUCCUGCAGUUCGUUUGGACCCGACUGACGCCAUCUACGUUGACAACAUCCACACCGAUGGUCUUCCUCUGUAUGAUGCAGGAUUGGGAACAUUGUCGGCCUGGGGUCACGUGGACUUCUACCCUAAUGGCGGUGGGGACCAACCCGGAUGUCCAGCACCGGUCGAGCAUGGGCUACUGGACGUUGUAGAAUUGAAGUUUAAGGCCAUCCCAGUUGCUGUCUCCUGCAACCAUCUCCGGUCACAUGACUACUAUGUUGCCUCCCUUGCUGACGCCAAAUGCGACUUCACUGCGCAUCCAUGCGCGUCAUACAAGGACUUCACGGAAGGCUCGUGCAGCUCGUGUGGCUCGGGCACGUGCCCACAGAUGGGUUAUUUCUCCGAUAGGGCCAACAGACAGGGCAAGUUCUACCUCGAGACAGAGAACACAUACCCGUUUUGUCAUUCGCCAUAGGCAGCUGCAGCCCUACGAAAAUAGUUUUGCAGAAUAAAGGAACGUGGUCACAUGGCAACCACACCAGUGGAUUGCACGAACUCCACGAAGACAGCCUUUCGUAUUGCAUUUGAAUUAAACUUGCUUGGUGGCGU